AUGCCGAACAAGUUGAUGCUGGCCUUCCUUGGAUUCGACUUCCUCUUCGCUGGAUGUGGAGGACUCCUCUUGGGCUUCUCUUUGACGUCAGAGGCAGCAAUGCGGGAAACACAGACCGUAGCCAACGUCGCGCAAAAUCUCCUUCUCGGCCAGUGUCCAUUGACAGCUGGUGUCGUCAAUGCCAUCUUCGUGUUUGCCACCUUUCUGCUCUCCCUACCUGCACUUUUCCUUCCUACAAACCGUGGCUGGCUUCGCACUCAAGGCUGGCUUGUCGUCGUCUGCGCAACCUUCACCCUGACCUUGGGUGUAGCCAUCUGGAUAGAAACCCUGCAGACUCGCCGGAACCUGAGCGUCCUCUGGGGACGUGAGACACCACAGGUCCAGUCCCUGUUGCAGCAAAAGUUCGGCUGCUGCGGAUACGUCAAUGCUAACACACCCCCCUUUGUCCAGGACUCCAUCUGCACCAACGCUCUCGUAGCAGCCCAGAAAGGUGGAUGCAUCCGUCCAUUUUCCUCCUUCACCAACAGGUACCUCGACCAGAUCUUCACCGCUGCGUUCGGUAUUGUUGGAGUCGACUUCAUCCUGGUUCUCUGCGUGGCCAUGGUCCUCAAGUACAGGAUGGAGCAAGAGCGCUACAGGCACAUCGACGAGAAGAACGGCACGGGAGGCUUGUAG